AUGGCUACCCCCAGUGUCCAUACUUUUGAUGCUGAGGGCCGUGCCGUUGACUUUGAGGUCUGGGUCGAUGACCUCCAGCUGUUUCUCCAGUGCGAUAGGGCAGACGGACUCUCUCGGUUCGAUCUCACCUCUGGUGCCUCUCCUGCCCCGCCUGCUACUCCUGACAGCACUGUUCGCUCACAGUGGGCCACACGCGAUGCUGCUGCUCGCCUUGCUGCGCCUGCACGCUACUCUUCCCCUGCCACUGCUGCACUGAGCCGCCUCAUGCUAUCGUGCCUCUUCCCUGACCUUGCUGCCUUUCCCACAGUCGCUGACCUCAUUACGCACCUCCGCACUAGUGACACUCGCUACCGCGCUGCGCUUCCUGCUGAGUUCUGCGCCAAGAACCCCCCCCCCCCCAUGUACAUCACCCUCUACUACAUAGUCACCCGGCUCCCUGACUCUCUCCGCGUAGUCAGGGACCACUUCCUCUCAGUUUGCCCCACCACUCUCACCAUUGACCUCCUCGAGAAGGCCCUCCUAGCAGCAGAGAAGAGCAUAGUCGCUGUAGGAGCCUCUUGUGGUGACCCUCGCACCCCCGUCUUUGAGGGGUGUUCCCCCUCCCCCCUCUUGCCCUCUGUUGCCUCUAUUGCUGCGGCGGACCUUGUUGGUUUCGAGUCAGUCGGCGCUGCGUCUGCCCCGAGCGGGAGACGCCGCACCGGCAAGGGCAAGGGGGGCAAGGGCGCUGGAGGGGCUGGCGGGGGCGGUGGAGGUGGCGGUGGAGGCAGUGGAGGGGGUGGGGGUGGUGGUGGGAGUGGUGGCGGGGGUGGAGGUGUCGGUGGCAGCAGUGGAGGCGGAGGAGGCGGCGGCGGUGGCGGAGGGAGCGGAGGCGGCGGAGGUGGUGGAGGCGGCGGAGGCGGCGGAGGUGGCGGAGGCGGCAGCGGCAGGAGUGGACCUGGUCGCAGCUCUGUGCAGAGGAGUGGCUCCGGUGGUGGUACGCGCCAGCAGCAGCAGCGCAGUCGUGAGACCCUGUCCCCUCAGCAGCUUCGUGAGUGGUACGCUGCGCGUCAGCGCGGUGGGGGUACGGGUCCCUGCACCUACGUUCUCCGCGACGGCGACCGCGCUGGUGAGCAGUGCGGGGGCCCGCACUCCACCCAGCGCUGCUUCGGCCGCCUGACGGACGCGUGGCGUCACCAGUUCCCUGAGGCCUCUCAGAUCCCUCGCUUGGGAGAGCUGUCUAGGGCGGGGGUUGCUAUCUUUGAUCUUGAUUUUGAUGCUAUUCUUGCUGCCAUGUAUGCUCUUGCUGAUAGUGUUGAGGGUGACUGUUGCCUAUGUGUUCCGCCUGACCCGGGCAUUGAGCCUGCUGCUCUAGGUGCUAGUGAGGCUGCUGCUCUAGGUGCUAGCGCGUCUGCUGCCCCAGAUUCUUGUGAGUCUGCCCUCUCAGGUACCACGUCGGCUCAGGCCUUACACACCUUCACCCUUGACUCGGGUGCUUCCCGCUCCUUCUUUCGAGACCGCACCACACUUACACCACUUAGUCGGCCGGUUGCGGUCUCCCUGGCGGACCCCUCUGGGGGUCCUGUCCUUGCUCGCUUCUCCACUAUCUUACCGUGUCCGGCAGCCCCCUCUGGCACCCUGUCAGGUCUCUACCUCCCCUCGUUCUCUACAAACUUGGUGAGUGGAGCGGACCUACAGGAUACGGGGGUUGACCAGUUCACUCCUGCGAGUCAGCGGGUGACCCACUGCACAUGUGCUCGGACAGGCCGACACUUGGCCACGUUCACCCGUCGGCCAGGGUCGAGCCUGUACACCCUUACUACUGAGUCUCCUCCGGCUGCUGAGUUAGGCCAGGUGGCUGCGUCGAGUCAGGUGUUUGCUGCAGCGUCCAGGGGCGACAGCGCGCCGCCCCUCACUCCUCCAGAGUUUCCUCCGACAGAGGCUCCGCUACAGACCCUACACAUGGACGUGUGGGGCCCCGCCCGCGUCCGUGGGCAGGGGCACGAGCGUUACUUCCUGCUGGUGGUUGACGACUACUCGCGUUACACCACACUCAGGGAGAGUUUCGGCUCGGACUUUCCUGUUCUGCGUCUGCACUCGGACAGAGGCGGGGAGUUUUCCUCUGCCCGUCUGGGAGCCUUCUGUCGUGCACAGGGCAUCCGCCAGACCUUCACGCUUCCGGCCUCUCCACAGCAAAAUGAGAUUGCUGAGCACCGCAUUGGCAUGGUCAUGGACGUCGCUCGUACGUCCAUGAUGCAUGCGGCUGCCCCCCAUUUUCUAUGGUCGUUAUCGGUUCAGUACGCCGCGCAUCAGCUCAACCUUCAGCCCCGGAUCUCCUUGCCAGAGACCUCCCCCACCUUGCGGUGGACGGGGAAGGUUGGCGAUGCGUCUGCGUUUCGGGUCUGGGGAUCUCGGGCGUUUGUCCGCGACUUGUCUGCGGACAAGCUGUCCCCCCGUGCUGUUCCCUGCGUCUUCCUUGGCUUCCCCCCUGACGCGCCUCGGUGGCAGUUUUACCACCCCACCUUGUGCCGUGUUCUGUCCUCCGAGGACGUCACCUUUGACGAGUCGGUGCCUUACUACCGUCUCUUCCCCUACCGCACUGCGCCCCUCCCCCCGCCGCCGCUCUUCCUUGCGCCUAGUCCUCCCCCGAUAGACCCCCUCCCCCCUCAGAGUCCUGCCCCGUCAGGUGUGUCCCAGGCAGACGUAGUCGAGCCUGUCGAGGUAGCUGUUGACUCUGGUGCUGCUAGAGGUGCUGAGCCUGCGGGUGCCGGGUCUGGAGGUGCUGAGUCUGGGGGUGCUGAGACUGGGGGUGCUGAGUAUGGGGGUGCUGAGCCUGGGGGUGCUGAGCCUGGGGGUGCGGAGCGUGGGGGUGCGGAGCCUGGGGGUGCGGAGCCUGGGGUUGCGGAGCCUGGGGGUGCGGAGCCUGGGGGUGCGGAGCCUGGGGGUGCGGAGCCUGGGUCUGCUCGUGUGGCCGCCGGCGGUGCUUCGUCGAGGCGGGAGCCACUCUCUCCACAGGAGCUGCGUGAGUGGUUUGCCCGCCGCUGGAGCCGUGCUGCUGGAGCUGGAGGUGCUCGUACUGGCGGUCCUGGAGCUGCUGGGACUGGGGGUGCUGUUGGGGCUACUGGAGUUGGUCCUACUGGAGUUGUACCUGCUGGAGCUGCUGGUGAUGCUGGUGCUGCUGGAGUUGGAGCUGCUGGAGGUGUUGGCGCUGGUGGUUCUGCUGGCGCUGGUACGUCUGGGGGUGCUUGA